GAUUCUGGCUUUGUUAUUGGAAUUGCAAGCGAAGAAGAAGAAACAAAUGGCUUCGCGUUUAGGUGUUUCUAUAGGCGCCGCUUUAGGUUCCUCUCAUUGGGACGACGGACGACGACGACGACGUGACUUCUCCACCACUUCUGUGAAUUUCACGGCACCGGUGACAAGCCGGAGGAGCUUAAGGGGUAAUAGAAGCGGUGUGAGGAUUCUUAGGGUUUCAAAUGAAGGACGCGAAUCGUAUCUCGAUAUGUGGAAAAACGCUGUUGAUCGCGAGAAGAAAGAGAAAGCCUUUGAGAAAAUUGCAGAGAAUGUUGUAGCUGUUGAUGGUGAGAAGGAGAAAGGAGGAGACUUGGAGAAGAAGAGUGAUGAGUUUCAGAAGAUCCUUGAGGUUUCCGUUGAGGAAAGGGAUCGGAUUCAGCGUAUGCAGGUCGUUGAUCGUGCUGCUGCCGCAAUCUCUGCUGCUAGAGCGAUUCUCGCCUCUAACAAUUCCGGCGACGGCAAAGAAGGAUUUCCAAAUGAGGACAACACUGAGAUAAGUGAAGUCACCGAGACACCGAAAAAUGCUAAACUUGGAAUGUGGAGCAGAACAGUGUAUGUGCCACGGUCAGAAACUUCUGGGACUGAGACACCAGGACCAGAUUUUUGGUCAUGGACACCUCCUCAAGGUAGUGAAAUAAGUUCAGAUAUGAAUGUGGAUUUGCAGGCUGUGGAAAAGCCUGCUGAGUUUCCAACUUUGCCAAAUCCUGUAUUGGAUAAAGACAAAUCAGCAGAUUCUCUUUCGAUACCCUAUGAGAGUAUGCUUUCUUCUGAAAGACAUAGCUUUACUAUCCCGCCUUUUGAGUCUUUGAUCGAGGUUCGAAAAGAGGCAGAGACAAAGCCUAGUUCCGAGACUUCAUCAACAGAACUUGACCUUGAUCUCAUAUCUUCAGCAAAUGCGGAAGAAGCAGCUCGUGUUCUUGAUAGUUUGGAUGAAUCUUCAACACAUGGAGUUAGUGAAGAUGGAUUGAAGUGGUGGAAGCAAACGGGUAUAGAGAAAAGACCUGAUGGUGUGGUUUGCAGGUGGACUAUGAUACGUGGGGUUACUGCUGAUGGUGUUGUUGAGUGGCAAGAUAAGUACUGGGAGGCUUCUGAUGAUUUUGGGUUCAAGGAACUUGGUUCCGAGAAAUCAGGACGUGAUGCGACUGGAAACGUGUGGCGUGAGUUCUGGAGAGAGUCGAUGAGCCAGGAGAAUGGUGUUGUGCAUAUGGAGAAAACUGCAGACAAGUGGGGAAAGAGUGGUCAAGGUGAUGAAUGGCAAGAGAAGUGGUGGGAGCAUUACGAUGCUACUGGAAAAUCAGAAAAAUGGGCUCAUAAGUGGUGCAGCAUUGACCGCAACACACCCCUUGAUGCUGGCCACGCUCAUGUCUGGCAUGAGAGGUGGGGAGAGAAGUAUGACGGGCAAGGCGGAAGCACAAAGUACACAGACAAGUGGGCAGAGCGGUGGGUAGGAGACGGUUGGGACAAAUGGGGAGACAAAUGGGACGAGAACUUCAACCCGAGCGCUCAAGGAGUGAAACAAGGUGAGACUUGGUGGGAAGGGAAGCACGGUGACAGAUGGAACCGAAGUUGGGGCGAAGGUCACAACGGAUCAGGAUGGGUUCACAAAUACGGAAAAAGCAGCAGCGGAGAACACUGGGACACACAUGUACCACAAGAAACUUGGUAUGAGAGGUUCCCUCACUUUGGCUUCUUCCACUGUUUUGACAACUCUGUUCAGCUCAGAGCCGAUCUCCAUUUUCGUUACUUGACGAUAGAUAUACUUUCGUUUGAGGAUCAGAUCUUGAGAGGAGUCAGCUCAAGGAGAGGUAAUAGAUCCGUCCUUUGUGAUAAACUUUCUCAAGAAGAAGAGGAAGGUGAGAAAAGUGAAGGCAAGGCUUUGAGGAUGUCUUUUACAGGAACUCAACAGAAAUGCAAGGCUUGUGAGAAGACUGUUUAUGCUGUUGAGCUUCUCUCAGCUGAUGGUGUUGGCUAUCACAAGUCUUGCUUCAAAUGCACUCACUGCAAAAGCAGGCUUCAGCUGAGCAGUUACUCAUCAAUGGAAGGUGUGUUGUACUGUAAGCCUCAUUUUGAGCAGCUCUUCAAGGAGAGUGGUAGUUUCAACAAGAACUUUCAGUCACCUGCAAAACCGGCUGACAAAUCAACUCCUGAGCUGACAAGGACACCUAGCCGAGUUGCCGGCAGGUUCUCUGGUACACAAGAGAAAUGUGCCACUUGCAGUAAAACUGUGUAUCCUAUCGAAAAGGUAACAGUAGAGAGCCAGACAUAUCACAAGUCCUGCUUCAAGUGCUCACACGGAGGCUGCCCGAUUUCGCCUUCCAACUACGCAGCUCUUGAAGGAAUCCUGUACUGCAAGCACCAUUUCGCUCAGCUCUUCAAGGAGAAGGGAAGUUACAACCACUUAAUUAAAUCCGCUUCCAUCAAACGCUCUGCAGCCGCUGCAGUCGCUGCCGGUGUACCAGCAGCCUCGGUUCCUGAGUCUUAAAAUUCAAUAAUCUCCUCUCUAGUCUAAAUUUGAAGUUAAUGCCAAACUGGUUCAGUUUGCUUUCUCUUUGUGUGAGCGUGUGUGUAAUCUAUCCUUUUGAUGUUCUUAUUUCCGUUGAUGUCUCCUAAAAUCUUUGUUUGUGUUCGUAAUUUGGUAUCUAUAAAAAAUCGGAAACUUU